GAUUAUUUUUCUUCUUAUUGUGGCGUUUAAUUCGAGUUUGUAUUUUCUGAGUUUCAAUGGACAGUCACAGCUCAGCUUCUGAAUUGAAACCUAUUGAAGAUUCAACACCAGAUGCUCCUGAUCCGCAGGAAAUUGACCAAAAUCAAAUAAAUGGAGAGGCCUUCUCAGUUCAGCAUUUAACAAGGCCAAAUCUCUCCUCAUUGCAAAUACCUGCAAGGUCCUUAGAAGAUUCGUUGCCUAUCUCUACUGAAAUAGAUAUUCCUUCUACAUUGUGUCAAAGUUCUACAAAAUCAGGGUUGCCUCCGAGAUCAAGUUCAGCAAAGUUCAAACCAUCUAUUAGAGGUCUCCUUCCACAACGGAGCUUCAAGACUAAAAAUUUGUCCCAGGAUACAUCACCAUCAGAAGGAUCUCUGGAUAAACCUUCUAAUUCAAAGUCAUUUUUUUUGACCAAGGUCUUUUCCUCACCAUCUAUAAAAAGUAUAAACUCAUUGCCAGCUACACCAGAUGUGAAUUCAAGCGCUGAUUGUGUACAGGAAAGAAAUCUUGAUGAUUCUUUGAAUAUUACUAAAUCAAAAGUUCAUCCUCAUAUAACACGCUCAUUCUCGGUUCCAGUCAAUAUCAAAACCAGAAGCUUAAGACGGACAGAUUCUAUGGGAGGUGUAAUCCGUGUAAUCUCAGCUACUUCUUCUCCUGCAACUGUUUAUGUUACCUCACCAAAUGAUGGACCAACAGAUGCUGACAUGGAACUUGCUGGAAAAGAUAUCCCUGAAGAAGAAGCAGUCUGCAGAAUUUGUUUGGCUGAGCUUGGGGAAGGAGGUGAAACUCUUAAGAUGGAGUGUAGCUGCAAAGGAGACCUUGCACUUGCUCACAAAGAGUGCGCUGUGAAAUGGUUUAGCAUUAAGGGUAACAAGACGUGUGAUAUUUGCAAGCAAGAUGUCAGAAACCUACCAGUAACAUUAUUGAGAAUACAGAUUGCUCAGGCCUUUAGUAGGCAGCCACCAACUAUAGCUCAGCAAAGAAACGCUCCUCCCUACAGGGUCUGGCAGGACGUACCAAUUCUUGUCAUGGUCAGCAUGCUUGCCUAUUUCUGCUUUCUGGAGCAACUGCUGGUCUCUGCUUUGGGCUCUCGUGCUCUUGCCAUAUCACUGCCUUUCUCUUGUGCUUUAGGUCUCCUUUCAUCCAUGAUAGCUUCGACAAUGGUAAGCACGAGCUACAUUUGGGUGUUUGCAUCCUUGCAGUUUGCAACUGUGAUCCUGUUUGCUUAUAUCUUCUAUAGUGUUCUCAAUGUUGACCCAAUUCUUUCGGUCCUUCUUUCAUCAUUCACCGGGUUUGGGAUUGCAAUCAGCAUGAACACUCUAAUUUUUGAGUACUUAAGAUGGAGAAUGAGCCGAAAUCUACAAUCUGCUCAUAUGCAAAAUGUUAGAGGUGCACAACAGAUACAGCAGCCAAGAGAGGAACCUAAUGUGAGACCAAUGGGUGGUACAAGACAGCAAGAAACCAGCACUGAAAACACAAAUAUUUCACAGGGAUGAAACAGUUCCAAGGUUCACAGGUUCAGAAGAGAAGCUUGUCCUAACCCCAUUAAUGCUUUCUAUAUGAGGCUAUUCAUAUCAGUUA